AUGUUUGGACAAGAAAUUUUCCGCAUGCCAAUUCGGUCCACUGUGACGCCUGCUGUCGGCAGGCGUUUGAUUCAAACCAAAAGACAACACUCCCUUCCAGCGGCUUACUACCGCGGCGGCACCUCGCGGGCCGUGUUCUUCAACCAAAAAGAUCUCCCUGCCCACCGGAAAGACUGGGAUACCAUUUUCCGCGGCGUCAUUGGCAGCCCUGAUCCAUAUGGUCGGCAGCUCGAUGGACUAGGGGGCGGUAUCUCCAGCCUCUCUAAGGUGUGCGUGGUGGGCAAGUCGACGCACCGCGACGCCGACGUGGAUUAUACCUUUGUUUCAUUGGGAAUCAAGAAUACCAAUGUCGACUAUUCGAGUAAUUGCGGCAACAUGAUCAGUGCCGUUGGCCCCUUUGCCGUCGACUCACAACUGUUCGCCCUGCAAGAGGAGAGCGCCGGCUCCGCCUCCGUGCGCAUCCACAACAGCAACACCGGCAAGAUCAUUCAUUCCUCGUUUCCAGUGGUUGAAGGCGAGGCUGCUUCCAGCGGCGAUUUCUCCAUUGAUGGAGUGGCGGGCACUGCAGCCCGCGUGCAAUUGGACUUUAUAAACCCGGCAGGCUCUGCCACCGGCCAAUUGCUCCCCACCGGCGCCGUCAUAGAUACAAUUGACGGGAUUGAGGCCACCUGCAUUGAUGUUGCCAAUCCUUGUGUUUUUGUUCGGGCCGAAGAUCUCGGCGUCGAGGGCAAUUUGACCCCGGAUGAAAUCACAGCGAACCCAGACCUUCUCGUGCGUCUGGAUUCCAUCCGCCGUCAGGCCGGUGUCAAGAUGGGUCUGGCUGAGACACCUGCUGCUGUACCAGGUAGUGUACCCAAGAUCUGUCUAGUGUCAACGUCCUCGGCAUCAAACGAGCGGGCCACAGAGCUGAAGCAGACCUCUGCCGAUGUCGACCUCGUUGCUCGAGCACUCUCGGUGGGACAACCACACAAAGCUGUUCCUAUCACUGUUGCCUUGGCCCUGGCUGCUGCUGCUCGAGUUCCUGGAAGCACGGUGGCGGAUGUGGUAAACAACAAACCUGUCGAUGCUGCGGGCAUUACAAUCGGUCAUGCCAGCGGGAAUCUGCUAGUCGGCGCUAAUUUUGAUGCAGAUGGUGCACUGAGCUCUGCAACAGUCUUUCGUACCUCUCGGCGUUUGUUUGAAGGUCGGAUCUACUAUAAAAAUGAUGGUUAG